UCACGCCCCCAGAAUUGCGCGGCAUCGGUGGUGGCUGGACACGGGAGACAGCCUCCUACCGUAUCGAUAUUUUUAGCACCUGGUUCGUGUUGCACAGUCGCGAGAAGCUACUCCUCGGUCUCUGCGCCACGGUUAGAGCAGGGCUCGCGGGGAGCACGAGGGAGCUACGUCGCCUGUGCGUGCAGCUGUUUGGCUGAGGACUAGGCGGAUAACGGACCGAGAGCGUGGAGCGGAGACUUCUGGAGGAGGCGUUGUACCUCAUAUCAUCACCUGUCUUUACUCCGGUGCUGGUCGGACGGCUCGCCAGCUGAUGGCUAGUCCCGCAUGUGGAAAUUCCCCGGGUGCCCCGCCGCGGGAGCAGAAGCCGAUGGAACCGAGCCAUCCCGAGCCAGCAGCCUGCCAGGAGGCACAGAAGUGGGUAGAGGCUGUAACAGGGAAGAGCUUUGGAGACAAAGACUUCCGCAGCGCACUGGAGAACGGUAUCCUGUUAUGCGAGCUACUGACUGCAAUCAAGCCAGGGCUGGUCAAGAAGAUCAAUAGACUGCCCACCCCCAUAGCUGGGCUGGACAAUCUGUCGGUCUUCCUUCGAGGCUGUGAGGAGCUAGGCCUGAAGGGCUCCCAGCUGUUUGACCCGGGGGACUUGCAGAACACUUCCAUAUGUGCUAACCUCAAGGACUCUGACUGCAACCGCAAAUUAAAAAAUGUGUUGAACACGGUGUUCUGGCUGGGGAAGGCUGCCAGUGGCUGCCCCUCUUACAGCGGCCCUACUCUCAACCUCAAGGAGUUUGAGGGGCUUCUUGCUCAGAUGAAGGUGGAAAAUGAAGACGGAGCGGACAGUCCUCAACAGCGCAGUGUUCGAGACAGUGGCUACGACUGCUGGGACUCAGAGAGGAGUGAAUCUCUCUCUCCACCAAGACACACUAGAGACAACUCUUUGGACAGCCUGGAUUCCUUCGGUUCUCGCUCACAGCACAGUCCUUCUCCUGAUGUUGUCAAUCGAGUCAUUGGAGAUGGGCGAGGCAGCGACUCGGAGGCCGAUGCGUCCAACAGGAAGCCAGAUGUAAGAAAGGACGAUAUGUUGGCCAGACGGACUGCCAAAAGCGAAUCAAGAUGCUCCAUUCCCUUCAACCAGUUCCUUCCAAACCGAACCAACGCCAGCUCCUAUGUCCCCGCGCCGCGACGAAAACAGCAUACAGAAGAAGUAGAACAACGCAGUCACCCUCAAGCCACCCAGGAACAAGGCAAAAGAGUGGGACCGCACCAUAAAACCCCCAAGACUGUCUCUUGGGCACCUGAAAACAAUAGAAACAAAGUAAAACAGGUAGAGGACGUGGGUGGGUCGGAGAGGAGGAGGAUGCAGAAGUUGGAGAAGGCAGGAAUUAAAGUUCUACCUGCUGCUGUUCACUACAUCAGCCCUCCCACAUCAGAGGAUAAAGAAGUGAAGCCCCCAUCCCCAAACAUCAUCCUUCGCUCUGAAAACGACUUUUUGAACUCUCAAAGUUCUGCGUGGGACUCCUCCUCAGAGGGAGAGGAAGAAAUGGAGAAGCGGAAAGUUCCAGAUGUACAUAAGGAUGACUUGGCAUCCAGACGAGUUCAUCACAUCCCCGUUGUUUCCAAGGUUCAUCAGUUCCUCCCUCCUCCAGUGUGUACCAGCAAAGACCGAGAGCGCUGGGAGGGAAUCAGACGAGCCUCACAGCGAACUCUGCAGGAGGAGGAGACCAGGGAGAAGGAAGCUGUCUCUGACAUCAUAACUCGCAAAGGCAACCCCUUCCUAAAGGAAGGGGGGGAAGAAGAGGAUGUGGGAAAAGAAAGGAUGGAUGAAGCCAUUCCUAAUAAGCAGACGGAUGACCUGGCUCGUAGGCGGGCUCAGAGCAGACCUCUCCCUCACAGGGAAGGACCGGUGAGCUUUGUGCCGUCUUCCAUGAGCCCGGCUGAUUUGCAGAAGUGGGAGAGACUCAAGAUGACUGAACCAAGCGAGGAUGGGCCAGCCCCAGUGUGUCAGGCCUGUCUGCGAAAAUAUAGGAGCCCUUUCAGCAGAUCAGCAAAGGCUGGACAAGGUCACAGCAAAGUUGUGACCUUUGGGGGCGUGACUGAGAUCGAGCAGCCUAUAGACAGUGUCAUGACAAGUGAAGGGGAGGAGACAGAGUUGCUUAGACGACUCCUUUCCAAGGCAACCGUAGCCAUGGCCCUGGGCUCCCAGCUGUCAGAGCGAGAACGCAGCAGCUUCGUAGAUGACGCUGAGCCCAGUCAAAGCACCUCAACCUUUUUGGAUCUCCAACCCUGGACCCUCCGAGCCAACCUUUCCGCUGCUGAAGUUGAUGCUCGUUUUGCUCAGUAUGAACAGAGAGUAGAGGCCGAGGAGGAGGAGGAUGAAGAGGAAGAGGAGAGGAUCCCAGAUCUUCAGAAAGAUGACAUGAUGGCAAGGAGGACAGGUGUUUUUCAGAAACCAGCAGCUGCUACAGUGAGUCACCAGCGUUUCCUGCCGCUGCCGGGCUCAAAGCGCUCCACACAAGCAGAGCUAGCCACGGAUGCUGCUCCACGUAGCAAAAAGGAAGUACAGAGAAGCAGGGAACUGAAUGUCAGAGUGGAUCAUCAGCAUCCCAGAGUUCCCAUGGAAACACCACAGCAGCAUCUGGAGGAGAAGAAUGACGAAAAUGAGCCUGACCUGGAGAAAGAUGACAUGAUGGCUCGUAAGACCAAAUCGUUUCAAAAAACAAGUGCGAUCAGAUCGAAUCAGUGCUUCAGUCAGUUCCUGCCCACACCUGGAUCAGUCAAAUACAGCAUGAGCCCGGCGAGUGCAGCCAAGGAGCCACUCAGCAGACCCAAACUCACCCAACACACAGACAGAGAGAGCAGCAUUGUUACCGUGGCAGCAGAACAUCAGGCUCCGCCCUCCCAAGUCCCAACCAGUCCUACGUGUAGCGGGUUGAGGGCGAGGAAGGAGGGGGAAGAGCAUGAAAAGGGAGAUGUGAUGAAUGUUCCUGACCCUGCUGCCAGUGGGGUCACCAAACUUCCUCCUCCUCCUCCCAGUCCUCCUCCUGCUCAGCUCUGUGGGGUGCAUAUGGAAAAAGUGGACGUGAAGCCAGAAAAGAAACCGUUUUGGCUGGAGAACAAUCUACCUCCAAUGAUGGUGAGCAGAAGGGUGGCUUUUCAAUUAGACAACGAGAGUGUGAGCAUGGGGGACAUGGGUAACGAUGAAGAGCUGGGACACUUACCCUCACUGAGCCGAUAUGAACGCAUGCACGAACAGUACAACAGCUUUCGAGAAGACGAGGACCACUGGCAAGAUGACCUGGCACGCUGGAAGACUCGCCGCCGGAGCGCUUCACAGGAGCUAAUCAAAAAAGAGGAGGAGAGGAAACAAAUGGAGAAAAGGAUGAAGGAUGAGGAAGGUGACAGCAAUAAGAGGAAAAACAUCAAGACUUACAAAGAGAUUGUGGAGGAGAAGGAGCGCAGAGAAGCUGAGCUCUGUGAAGCCUAUCGAAAUGCAGCAACUCCAGAGGAGGCAGCCUUGGUUUUACAGCGUUAUGCUCUCCGCUUCACCAUCAGCGACGCAACACUCGACAGCCUGAAACUUCCCAGAUCCACCGCUAAAACUAAACAGGAGCAAAACCGAGAAGAAGAGGAGGAGCGCAAACUAACAUCCCCUGUUAGUGAUGCAGAGAAGCAGGAACACCUGCACAAACCAAACUCAGCUGUUGCAACAAACCAGAGACAAACACAACCUGAAUACAUAGAGACAGAUGUAAUCUCUGAACAGGAGAAGUCACGUGCCAUCCCCAACCACUCCCCAGCACCGAACGGUUCUGUCCUGACAGAAACAAACACACAGGAUGUUCCUCUGGGGUUGGGACAACUUCAGAAGCUGCCAACAGAGUCGCCACCUGCUCAUCAGGAACAGCUGAUUACAGAAGAGGCACAACCUCAGACCAAAGACGCUCCCCCUCAGAACGUACAAACAGUGUCACUCCACCCCCCUUCGCCUGUGCCCUCCAGACCCCUCCCCCUGCUGGUGGCCAAGCCUUUCUGCCAGCCCAGGAGCACGUUCUCUGGACACAAACCCAUCAAGGUGGAUGUGUUGGUGCAAGUAAAAGGAGAGGCGACGGAGGAUUUCCCUUCCCCUCUGGUCUCGCUGCAGGAAAACAAAGAUGUUUCCUCCAAACAGACAGAGGAAGAUGUUUGUCCAGAGCCGGCUGAGGAAAAAACAAACACCACGGAGCAGCCAGCGCCUCCACAGACAGAAAAAUCAGCAUCGUUUACAGGCUCUGCCAUCAGCUCCCUGAUUGGAGGACGCAACUGUAUCGUCACAACCACAAUAGUGACAGAACUCACACAGACUCACAUGGAGCCGCUUCAUCCAGAGAUCCAGAGCAAAGGACCGGAUGGGACCGCAGCAGACCAGGAGAGUGCUCUGCCAGCAGAAUCACCCAGCAGUAUUGAGGAUUAUUCCCCCACCAUCACAGAAAAUGUCGAGGAAAGCAGUGUGUCUAUUGAGACCCCCAUGUUGAACUUGGCUAAACGUGUUAAUCACUGGGUCUGGGACCCCAACGAGGAGCGUAAACGCUUGGAAAUGUGGCAGCAGGAGCAUGAGCACCUCCUACAGGAACAGUACGAGAAAGAACAAGAGAAGCUGAAGAAGGAAUGGGAGAAGGCGCAGCAGGAGGUGGAGGAAGAGGAGAGGAAACACAAUGAAGAGGAGAGGCGGAUUCUCGAGGAGACUGUUGCACCUCUUAGUCCCUCUGGUUUGCUGCAGUCUGAACACACAAGGACGGCUUUCUCAGAAAACAACAACAAAACAGCAGGAGGAACUGUGACGCCACAGCAGAAUGGGAGAAAAAUUCUCACCGGCAACGAGGAUCAGCAUUCGUCAAAGCUUCAUUUUUUUCAGGAUUCGUCUUGUGAUGGAGAAUCUUCGAAGAAACAGGAACUGUGGAAAACCGCUUCUCUGGACCGAAACCCUCAGCUGAACCAGAGUCAGAGUGUUAAAAGAUCAGGAUCACAUGAUGCUGUAACAAAUAAUCAGCCCUCCUCCCCUCCAACACCCCAGCCCCCGUCACCCAGCAGGUGUGUUAGCGGGAGGCGGCUGUGCUCCGGCUGUUCCAAACCUCUGGGAAAAGGAGCUGCUAUGAUCAUCGAUACGCUCGGGCUCUUCUUCCACGUUCAGUGUUUUAAGUGUGGAGCUUGCAACGGGCAGCUGGGCGACGCCACUACAGGGACGGAUGUACGGAUUCGCAACGGACAGCUGAGCUGCUAUGAGUGCUACAUCGCAUCUCGGGGCAGAGGUCAGCCCACUACACUAUAAUGACUCUUUUUGGAACUGGAACUUCAGUCAGAGGCGGCGACUCAACAAAUAAUGAUUCUUGAGUCCCACUCUGGGAAAAUUCAGGAAUGCUCCGAUUCUUUUGGGGACAUCAUCUUAGUCGGUUGGUUUGGACAGAGAAAUGGGACUAACAUGGACUUCAUGACAAAGAACUCAUGUUGUACUUUUUAAAAGUUCACAUGUAUACAAUAAUUUUAAUUUGUGUAGCAUGACUAAAUCAGUGUGCUUAGAGGAUUUCUCAUUCUGAACGUUAAUUGUGGAUCUCCUCCGUCAUCAGCAAGAGCUGAAAAAUAACUGGUUUCUAAAUUCUGACUCAGUAAUUCCUGCUUCUGCCCUGAUUAUGUGACUCCACUCAAUAAGUGUGAUGGUUUGUGUUGGAUAACCUGCAGUAGCCUGGCCAUAACUUCCUGUUUAUUUUGGCUUUGCUUUACUGUUAAGCAUGGAGAGCUGUUUAAGUUAAUGUGAGCAUUACUCAGUGGAUCAUUGGUUUCUCAGCGCUGGAGCUUAAACUGCUGUACAUCGUUACUUUCAUUUUAAACUGUUAGAACAUUUUUCUUAGUAAUUCUAAUACAAAUAUGCAUGUUAUUAAGUAAUAAUAUAAACUAUUUUCCCUUGUUGAUGUUUUAUCUUUAUGUUUGUUCUCAUAGACUGAAUUUAAAUCAGUGCCUUAUGUAACGAAUGCAAAGGUGACCUCUGGGUCUAGGCACAAUGUGUGUGUGCGCGAGUGUGUGUGUUUACAGAAUAGAUAUGAACUCUGUGUGAUUGGACCUGAAGCACAAUCUCAUACCAGCAAAAAACAAUGUUGUAAGACAUCAGCCCUUCCUAAUCACCUGCUGUUUUCUUCCAACUCCUCUAAUGAACUAAACCAAUGACAGAAAUAUAUUUGAAGCUUCCUCGUCAACAACUUUUGUCUCAUGACUAUUUGAGAUGUCCUACCGUCUCCCCUCGUCUGCCUCUCGUCACAAGCGUUGCCUCACCAGAAUAAGAGCUGAGCUACUUUCUCCUCAGCACCUCUUCAUCUUUCAGACGAACAUGCUUGUUUUAUAACCUCUGUAUGUUUAUCAAUAAAGUAUUUUAAACGGG